AUGAUUUAUAUGCUCCUUGGAUUUCGUACCCACCGUAUUGGUCUUUCUGCAGACGUCGAAAAAGCCUUUCACAAGAUACAACUUCACAAAGCUGACCGUGACUUUGUGCGCUUCCUUUGGCUAAGGGACGACAAGGAUGCUGGAUCCGACUUUGACAUUUACCGUUUCAAAGUAAUUCCGUACGGAGCUAGUAGCAGUCCGUUUAUCCUCAACUCGGUCAUCAAGAAGCAUCUUCAAGGGUUUUCAACCCCAGUCAGUGUUGACAUUGAAUCACACAUCUACGUGGACAACCUGAUUUCGGGUUGUGAAACUAUAACUGAAGCUUUCAACUACUAUACAGAGUCUCGUUCCAUAUUUGCAGCAGCCUCGUUGUCUCUACAGUCAUGGGCAUUUUACGAUCCCUCACUCAACAAGCAGGCAACACUCGACGGCAUCACAGAUAUUUCACCUCUCACCAAAACUCUCGCUACAAAGCGAGAUCUUCUUCGAGGAAUAUCGUCAAUCUACGAUCCGCUCCGAUUCAUUUCUCCACUUUCAAUACCAGCUCGAAUCCUCAUUCAGGAAAUCUGGAAGGAAAAGCUCGACUGGGACGACCACUUACCUCCUCCAUUCUCGGAUAGAUGGAUCCUCCUUGCUAGUUCACUCGCCAACGCUAGCCCGAAGAUUUCCCGUUCCUAUUUUGAAACAAAAAAUCGCGUUCAUUCUCUCCAUGUCUUCGUUGACGCUAGCCAACAAGCGUAUGGUGCCGUUGCUUAUCUUCUGGAUGGUGAUCACAGCUCAUUUGUCAUGUCGAAAGCCAGAGUUGCACCAUUGAAAGGCAACGGCCCGCAGCUGACUCUUCCUCAACCAGAACUAAUGGCGGCCGUCAUCGGUACCCUCCUCGCAAGCUCAAUCAUCAAUGCCUUUAAAAAACUCGCCAUUUCUCUAUCAGUCACCAUGUGGUCAGAUAGCCAAAUUGUACUGUACUGGCUCUCCAAGAGUGAUCGCAUCAAGAAUCGCUUCAUUUCCAAUCGCGUCUAA